AUGGCCAUCGACUACUCAAGACCGCUAGCCACAUUGCUCCGCGAGGAGACGAAGAAAGUGCACGAGGAGGCAGAGACGAGCGCGGGCGCCAGACGGCUCCUCAGUGGGCAUCUGUCAAAGGAGGACUACGUGCGCUUCCUCAUUAUGCUCUGGCACGUAUACGACGGUAUCGAGCGAGGCCUAGACCGACAUGCCACACACCCGACGCUCGAGCCCACAUACAACCCAACGCUGCUCGCGCGGGCGCCUCACCUCUCGGCGGACAUUGCGUUCCUCCUAGAAACCGAAGACUGGAAGGAACACCCGAUCCACAAGCAGCUCCUCGCGUCCGAUCCCAAGCCGCUCUUCAACUACCUGCGGCGCCUGCACGAAAUCGCCGACUCGCCAGAUCCGUCGCCGCUCCUGGCCCACGCGUACGUGCGCUACCUUGGCGACCUCAGCGGCGGCCAAACAAUUAGGCAUACGAUCGCGAAAGCGUAUGGGCUCGAUGAAGCGGCUGGACUGGGCGUGUCGUUCUACGCGUUCAAGGAGCUGCGCACAUCGAAGCCGGCUUCGCAGGGUGAAAUGAAGCGGAUCAAGGAGUGGUUCCGGGAGGGCAUGAACACGGCUGGGGCGCAGGGGCCAGAAGUGAAAGCUUCAGUCGUGGAGGAAGCAAGUCGUGCCUUCGUCCUAAAUACAGGACUAUUCAGCCUUGUCGGUGAUGAAGCGGCUGAGGGUAAGGAAGAGUCAAAGGCCGAGGCUAGCAAGCCCUCCUCUGAGACGGCCUACUCAGUAUCCCAGGUAGCUGCCGUUAUUGCUGCUGUGUGUGUGGCGCACUUUGCGCUUGUCGUAGGAGGAUUCACGGGCAACGCAGGUUACCAGAAAUUGGUCGCCGUUGAGGGAUGGUUGAGGAAUCUGUGGUCAUCUAACUAA